CAAACGCAAACUCGUGGAUGUUUCGCGCACCGAAGCCGACGACUGCCAGCGAGUCCGAGCCCGCCUAGAGCACCUCUCCUGCUCCUCCGCCUCCUCCUCCUCCCAAGACCCGACCUCCACCGCGGCCGCCUCCAACCCCACCUCCGCCACACCCGCAACCAGCAGCAUCCUCCCCUGGCCACGGCAACGCCUGGACGUCCUCCUCACCGACCACCUCCUCCGCGCCGGCCACCACAACACCGCCUGCCGCCUCGCCUCCGAAUCCGACAUCGCCCUCCUCACCGACGCGCACAUCUUCCAAGGCGCCCGUCGCAUCCUGUCCGCGCUCCUCGAGUCCCACGAUGUCCUGCCAGCCCUCGCCUGGUGCGCCCACAACCGCAGCCGCCUGACUAAAGCCAAGAGCGCGCUUGAGUUCAGGCUGCACGUGCAGCAGUUCAUUGAGCUGGUGCGCCGAGGUGAGCGUCUGGCCGCCAUCGCCUACGCCCGCAAGCAGCUGGCGCCCUGGGCGGCGACCCACAUGACGGACUUCCAACGCGCCGUCGCCACGCUGGUCUUCCACAAGCCGGCAUCGUCCUCAUCAGCAGCGGUGCCGCCGCCUACGCCGCCCUGUUCUCCGAGACCCAGUGGCGCUCCCUGGCCGACCUCUUCCUGCGCGACCUCUACCGCCUGCACGCCCUCACGCCCGAGUCGCUGCUCAAUGUCUACCUGCAGGCGGGCCUCUCCGCGCUCAAAACCCCCGCCGCCGCCAGCAGCAGCAGCACCGGUGCCGCAUCGAAGGAGCCGGGCGGAGGCAGCACCACCGAAGGCGGCUGUCGUGACGACCCCAUGCGCGUUCCUGCCUUCCAGCGCCUGGCCGAGUCGCUGCCGUACGCCAAGCACACGCACUCCAAGCUGCUGUGUGCGGUGACCAAGGAGCUCAUGAGUGACGCCAACCCGCCCAUGGUGCUGCCCAGCGGCAUGGUAUACAGCCAGAGGGGCGUGGAGGCGCUGAUUGCGCAGGCGGCAGCAGGGCAGACGCAGCAGGGGGGAGGGCAGGGACAGGGAG